AUGUCCAUAACUCCUUCAAUCGAGUCUGCGACUCAGGUUCGGAUGGGUGGCGAAGCUGGUGAUCCUGAUUUGUCAGAUUCUAACGGUUCGCCCCAGAUAACAGUGAUUGGGCCCACCUCCACCGAUAGACCCUACAAGUGUUCUAUGUGCGAUAAAGCCUUUCACCGCUUAGAACACCAAACAAGACAUCUGAGAACACACACAGGUGAGAGACCCCAUCAUUGCACGUUUCCAGGAUGUCCAAAGAAAUUUUCGCGGAGUGACGAAUUAACAAGGCAUUUGCGUAUACAUGCAAAUCCUUCUGUGCGGAAAUCUAGAUCACGGGCAAAUCUACAGCAGAUGCAAGCACAGAGCCAGCAGAUACAGGCUCAACAAAUUCAGAACCAAGGCCAGCAGUUUCAGCCCUUACAGAAUCAACAGUUCUCACAGGUGCAACAGGUCCAAGGUCAACAGAAUCAACAGAACCAACAAGUUCAACAGCUCACCCACGUCAUCCCAACCAUGUACGAUAUUAACGGAAAACCCAUCUAUGCCCAGCCGGUUCCAGUUUAUAUCCUUCCGCAGGGUGCGUAUGCUGCGCCGCCGGGGGCGAUUCAGAUGCCUUCCGGCUUCAUGCCAGUUAUGGGCCAGCAGCAGCAGCAGCAACAACAACAACAACAUCAGCAGCAACAACAACAGCAACAACAACCGCAAUUUCAGCAUGCACCUCAAGCUCAACCUGACAAGAACAUGUUUGCGCCAUUUUCCAUGACCAAUACCCAACCACAGAGUCCUACAGUGGAAGUGCCCUAUCACCAACAACCACAGCUGCAACAACAAAGAAGGCCCACGUUCCAAAGUGUAAAGUCCACACCCGCUUUGAAUUCCUACUUCAGUCAGGAGUACUUGGUUUCACCCUCGUCUCUUUCGUCUCGUACGAAUUCAACAACGUCGUUGCGUUCACUUGAAACUAACAACAGUUCCACUUCUAGCUUCGCAAGUUUUACUAACGGAUUGAAAUCGGUCAAUCCCGGCUCGCCGUCUAAUGGCUUGAAAGCGUUGUCCUCCCUUCAACGCAUGACUCCGUUAAGAGUUUCACCUAGUGCGUCCAGUGUCAGGUUGCCCACUUUGACAUCCAACAACAGUUCUUCGUCCACUCUAGACGGGACGCCGGUGGAGGAACAAUCAAGGAAAAAGUCGAGACCAAACUCUCCCAAAGCGUUCACCAGUAGUUCUCUAGAUCAAAUCAAUGGUCUCUUGUCAAAACAUGUUAUCAACACUUCAGGCUUGCCUCAGCAGCAUUUACCUGCCAGUCAACAAUCUCAGUCUCAGGUCCAAUCCCCUCCUCACCACAUGAACACAGCAGAGUCGAUCAACAAGUCCAUGGCAAUUUUCAACAUCACAUCGCCGAACGAGACGCCUCUUUCCACCCCUUAUCAUUCGCCCACGCUGAAGGCGCAAGGCUCAUCGGUAACGUUACCUCCUUUGAGACACUUACUGAGUGGGCUCGAUAAUCCUUCCGAGGAGAAGAAGGACGGUGUGGUCAGCAUAGGGAGCUUGAUGAAUCAAUGA